AUGAGCUCAGACAGGCCGAGCUUUCUCUCGCAGCCCGUGGUGAAGAACAUCUUCAUGUUCCGGAACGGGGACCCGUACUUCGAGGCCCGUCGGAUCGUCAUCAACGAGAAGAGGGUGUGUAACUUUGAGACUCUGCUGCGGGAAGUUACCGGCGGGAUCCAAGCUCCGUUCGGAGCGGUCAGGACCAUCUACACCCCGAGAAGAGGGCACAAGGUGGACUGUAUGGAGAGCCUGCAGAGCGGGGAGCAGUAUGUGGCAGCAGGGAAGGAGAGGUUCAAGAAGCUGGACUACCUACAGAUCGCCCCCAGAAAGAAGAAGAUGAUGCAGACUCUGCCACUGCAGGUCAAACCGCUACCUCCAAAUAGAAUCAUCGUGUCGGCCCGGUUUCUGAAACCCAUUAAAGAGCCUUGCCCGAUAUUUGUGGUGGCGAAUGGUGAUGUUUUCAACCCUGUAGUGAGGCUCCUUAUUCACCAGAGGAUGAUGGAGCAGUUUGAUAACAUCCUUGAACUGAUUACAGAGAAGAUGGGUCUGAGAGUCCUGGGAGGCGUUCGAAGCUUGUUCACCUAUAACGGCCACCAGGUGACAGAUGGGAGUGAACUGGAGUGUGGGCAGCUUUAUGUGGCCGUGGGAAGAGAACGAUUUAAGAAGCUUCCGUACAGCGACCUUCUUUUCCCCAGGCCCAAAGGAACAAGACGGAUCAAAGGAAUGAAGGCUUACUCUUUACCACCCAUCUACCGGUUUGCUAAACAAAGAGGAAACAGUAAAUCCACGGUUGGAUCCAGUGACAGCGGAGAUGGAGAGUCUAAAGGAUCUCCUCAGAACCCCAGCAGCAGCAGCAAGGAGCACCUGUCCUCUGCUGUUGGGGACAUCUCUCAGGCCAGACUCCUGUCCCUCAGGACGCGGAAGAGCCGACAGAGCAUCACAGACAACGAUGAUCCAGAAUCAAAGGCUGAAGAUGGUGACGCAGAAGGAGAAAUGCUGCGAGACAUUAAAACUGAUGAGAAAUCUGAAGUUCAUCAACAUUCCACAACGGAGAGCAUAGAAAAGAAAGAAGAAGAGGUAGAAACUCCCGAAAACAUCUCAGAGGUAGAUGUGUCUGCAAACAUGGGGACCAAAAACGAAAAACAAGAGACAAACAUGGAAGAAGAAGAAAAGAAGGAUGCUGAUGAGCAAAAUGAUGAGAAACUUGAAGAGCUGAAGGCAGAAGAAGAGGUAGAAACUCCCGAAAACAUCUCAGAGGUAGAUGUGUCUGCAAACAUGGGGACCAAAAACGAAAAACAAGAGACAAACAUGGAAGAAGAAGAAAAGAAGGAUGCUGAUGAGCAAAAUGAUGAGAAACUUGAAGAGCUGAAGGCAGAAGAAGAGGUAGAAACUCCCGAAAACAUCUCAGAGGUAGAUGUGUCUGCAAACAUGGGGACCAAAAACGAAAAACAAGAGACAAACAUGGAAGAAGAAGAAAAGAAGGAUGCUGAUGAGAAAAAUGAUGAGAAACUUGAAGAGCUGAAGGCAGAAGAAGAGGAAACAACAGAAAACGAGCAGAACGUGGUCACAGAAGAGAGUAAGAGUCAGGUUAACGAUGAAGAGCAGGAACCAAACAGCAGCGCUGCCGAUGGAGAUCAGACCGAGGAGAAUAAAGAGAAAGAGCAUAUACUUAAUACACCUUCUGAGGCGGAGGUAGAGCAGGACAGCAAUACAGAGGAAGAUAAGCAAGAGAAGGAUGAUGGUAACAGGGAGGAAAGCAGCAACAUUAAUGAUGAAGAGUCAGGCGAAGAGCAGAGAGAGACAGAAAUCAGCAACAGUCCAGCUGGGACUCGGUUAGAGAACGAGACGAAAGAAAGUGCAGAUGAUAGAAUUAGCAGCAGAAGCAGCAUCCGGGAUGAAGAUGAGAAGAAAACAACAGAAGUUACAGAAGAGGAGAGGACAGCGAAUGGAGAAGUAAGUGGAGACACCUGUCCAGGUGCUGCUGUUAAACCAGAGAACGCUGAAGAAGACAGCAGCAAAAAAGAGGAGGAUUAGUAAAGAGAAUAAAAUGCUGCUAAUUUAAAACCAAGCUUCUCAGCAAGUAAAAAGGAUGAAAAGAAAGUAGUUUUAUUAUUAUGAGAUGCUAAUAUAUUUGAAUGUAAAUCAGCCAAUUGAUGACGAUCAAAAGAAUAAAAACAUUUAUUCUGUUUUCAUUAAAACUCUUUUACCUCUGGAGUAACUCUGUGGUAUCAAGAUGAUUGUCUGGGUGCUUUUUCAGUCAUUUCUCCAAAUGAACUGUUCAUCAUGAGCUAAGCUACAUGUACAUGUCUAACUAAACACCAAAUCCUAUCAGAUGUUUGUAAAAUGACACAAUACGAGCUUUUAUUGUGCAGCCAGUAUGUGUUCACAUGUGUACGUGGUGAGAAAAUAAACUCUACAAGUCUCAUGUCAAAGUUUUAUUCUUUCACGUGUUUAGCUGUUUUAGAUUGUUGGCCUUUAGAGAGAGACCAAGCCAGGUGGAGGAGUAUCAGCAGGUGGUGUUGGUGAGUUAGGGGUAGACUGGGGCAGGACGUUGAAUGGUGUUUUGGGGUAACGGUCUAGUCAACCUUUGUUCCAACCCUCAUGUACAGCAACAGUGUUAUUUAUUACCAAAAAGAUGGGAGCAGAAACAAGCAGCUGGAAUAAGUUUCCUCUGCUGGACUUGCAGAACGGACGAGGAGAUCAAAGGCAAGUCACUGCUCCUCCACAUCAAAAGAAAAUUCAGUUUCAGUCCUUUCCAGAAUGAGCCGUUUCAAGGCUCUGUCACUUUAAGAAAACAAGUUGGAGCUGGCCAUGCCCCCCAUUUUCUACUCAGGCUGAUAUAAGAAGAAGCUCCAAUGUCUGGGAGGGGCUCAGAGUAGAGCUGCCUCUCCAGCAGCACUUUCAUAUAACCUUUGAGUUUUUUAUAACUGAGUUCUCGAGACAUGAAAGUAAAUUUCACUAUAGUCGGUCUCUAUCCGACAACACUGUUGCAUCUUUUAAAUCAACUGUUCCAUAUGUACUGUCCUCAGCAUCUCAGAGGAACGUAGCAGAGGGCAAUAUCUUCAAUUCUAGCCCCUCACAAAUUGAUGAUCUAGUUCAUAAUGUUACUUCCUCUUUACG